CCCACCUCCCUUUCUAUAUUUCCCUCCCUUUAAUUAUCAAUGCAGGUCCAAGGCUCUUGGACUUUUUAGUGUCUGACUUUGAGAGAAAACAGAUCUGCUCACAUGUCACAUAGACAGAAUCAUUCUUGCAGACUUGCAUCCAAUAAGGAAUAAAUUGGACCUUCAACAUUUGUUGCAAGACAAAGAAUACUGGAUACAUGCUAGGUAAACUAAAUAAGGAUUUGGGAUUGCCCCAUUUAACUCGACGCUGCAUACUAUAAAAUAAUCUUGACUCCUGGCUUAAACGGACAAGAGAUCAACAAAGAAGACUUUCAGUACUUAACUUGGAGCACCGAAAAGAUGAUUUUAUCAAGAAUGUGAAUUUGCUCAGUUUUUUGUUGGUAAUCCUGCAUUUUGAUUUCUUGUGGAACAUUCUUGUGGAAAAUGUUCCAUUUGUCUGGAUCACAACUCUGUCUGGAUCACUGUUUAAGUACACGUUUCCCCCGUUACUUACUGGAUCUAACUUUGAUACUGUAUUGCAAUUAAUCGGACAAAAGAAUUCAAUUCACACAGAAAGGUUUUCAUUACAGUUUAUUUUUUAAUUGGGAGACUAUUUUAAGAGGAUCUUGGCUGCAGGUCAGUCCGUGGUGCUUUAAUAACAACAUGGGGAUUGCAUUUUUUUGCAUUUUUUCUCUUAUGGCUCUUCCAGUACUUCAGUCUGCCAAGAUCCUGACUGUCUGUCUAAUUGGAGGAAGCCACUACUUGUUGUUAGAUGAAAUUUCUCAUAACUUACACCAGCAUGGCCAUGAGGUCCGCAUGCUCUUACAACUGGGCAACCCUAUUAUUACAGGUUUUUCCUAUGGAGGCCGUGCAGACAGUUACAAGAUGAGCACCUGGUCCUUAGGAGAGAAAUACAUCCAAGAAUACAAUGGCUGGUUCCUAGAGCAACAAACGCAGUUUUUACUUGGAAGGGAUACCUUUAAUGCCUUUCUAAACUUCACAUGGCACCUGUCCUAUCAGUGUGACAAGCUGUUAGGGGACAAAGAGAUGAUAACAUUCCUCCAGAGGGAACACUACGAUAUCACCAUCCUUGAUGCUUUUAACCCAUGUUCCUUCAUCCUUGCUCACAAACUUGGUGUCCACUAUGUAGCUUUCUAUCCUGGCUCUCUGAACGGUCCUAUGUCCAUCGCUCUCCCCAGCCCAGUGUCCUACAUCCCAGUCUUCAGCUCACAGCUGUCCGAUCAAAUGAACAUCUGGGGUCGUGCAAAGAACCUCUUAUAUUCUUGCUUAGCUCCUGUAGGCCAGGGGCGUGUAUGGACUACCUUUAGGCAAGUAGCUGAGCGCCACCUUGAGUCAGGCUCACCUCUUGGAGGUCUGGAUGAGUUACAUCAAGGAGCUGAACUCUGGGCCUUCAACACUGACUUCUCCCUGGAGUUCCCCCAGCCCAUUAUGCCCUACACUGUGCUUGUUGGAGGGAUGCUGAAUAAACCUGCAAAGCCUCUGGAGCAGGAUCUUGAGUUGUGGAUCUCUAAUUUUGGGGAGGCAGGUUUUAUUGUCGUGACUCUGGGAUCAAUGGUCUCUUCAGUCUCUGUGGAACCUCUGCUUGUAGAGAUGGUGGCUGGCUUCUCCAGGAUCCCUCAGGGGGUGCUCUGGAGGUAUGACCACAAGCGAUGGCCAUCAAACCUUGACAGACCUCCCAAUCUCAGGCUAGUGGACUGGCUGCCUCUUAAUGACCUGCUGGGACACAAAAAAGCAUGUCUCUUUAUCACCCAUGGUGGACAAAACAGCCUGUUCCAGGCAGUAUACCAUGCUGUUCCUGUGCUAGGAAUCCCCCUGUUUGGGGACCAGUUUGAUAAUGUGGUGAGGGCUGAAACAAAGGGACUUGGCCUCACCAUCAACCCCACACAAAUCACAAGGGAACUGCUCAGCUCCACCAUUCAAACACUUAUACAAGACAUCAGGUUCAGGUCAUCAGCUUUGACCCUUAGCAGAAUCCACAAAUCCCAUCCUGUCCCUCCAGCCCUCCGACUCAUUCAGUGGGUGGAGCACAUCGUGCAAAGUGGAGGUGGAAGUCAUUUAAGGCCGGCCUCUCUGAACCAACCAUGGUACCAGAGAUACCUGUUGGACUUGGUGCUUCUCCUCUCUCUGGGGAUUCUUGGACCUGUAGUUCUCUGCUGGACUUUCUGUAGGAACGAGAAUAGCAGGGACACACACAAAAAAAUACAAUAGCAGUACUAAGCGUUUCCUCAGGGGUACUUCAGAUUUAUACCUCAGUUCUGUGUUGCUCGUUUAUCUCGGACUUGAAUGCUGUACCCAAAUGAGAAAACAUAAUUAUGUACCCUAAAACAAUGCUGUUGUUCAAUACAUAAACCACUCUUGUUGUAACUGAUUAUUAUAAUUUUUCUAUGAAUACAUACAAUUAAUAAGUGAAAACAGGCUGUGAUGUGGAUUUAGGUGACCUUUUACACAAGAGAUAAAUUCUUUUUCUUCUUCUGUAGCCCCCCUAGGCCCAGAAACGAUAUCACUUAAGGACAAAAAUAUAACUGAGAAAAGGGUGUUUUUUUCCAGAACAUUCCCUUUGAUUAUCAAAAGAAAAGUUGCAAAGUACUUUCAAUAUUAGUGUGCAAAAAAAGCAUUUAAGCUAUUAAUACUGUUGCAUAAUUUUGUUUUAAUUUCUAGUACUUUUUGCAUACUGAAAGAGUUUCAUUUUCGUUAUUACCACUUUCCCUUCAGUGGAAUAGCCAUAAUGUCAAGUGUCCUGCCCUCUCCCCUCCUAGCGCCAUCAUGUCUACAGACGUCUCAUUUGUACUGCAGCGCCACAUAGUCUGACACCUCUGUGCUGCUUUGACCUGACUGUGUUGCAAGCAGGGGUGGCGACAGCACGCAUGCAAACACGCACACACACGCACACACACUAUAACUAAGCAAUGCUUUUGUAUUGCAUGUUUCCAAAUGGCAGAAAGACGGGUUAGGGUACAUGGAUGAAUGUGGAGGAUGGUUUUGUGUGCUGCUGUGUUUGUCUAGUUCAGGUACAAAGUAGACAAAGUAUGUUGAUAGUCGUUGAAUGCAUCUGAAUCA